UCCUCUGUAUAAAAGUCAUUGAACCAGGUCUUUGAUAACCUUCUUUCCUGUUGUCUUAAACUGACCGUUUCUCUCUCUCUAAUAUAUUUUCCCCCUUUAUUUCUUCUCUUCCUUAAUUCAAAAACUAACCAAUACUCUUUUCCUACACACCUCCUUCAGGCGUUGUUUAUAUAAGUUUUAUUUUAUCUAUAAAAAAUGAGUCACUGUGGUAUUCAACAAAGUAAUUUUGCGGCUUGUGAAGAGAUGAUGCGUUCAUAUUCCGAUAAGAAAGACGGCGUCGUUUGCCCAAAGCCAAGGCGUAUUAGCCCUAUGAGAUCUCUCCGAUGGCAUGUCAGCCAUCAGCAAGAUCUUUGUGAUUCAAGAGCUGGAGCUGAUUUAUUUGAUAUCAUCCUCACAAAGGGUGGUGGUAGUGUUGAUCAAUCAGCUGCGCAAGUAGCCUCGUCGCCCCCAUUUUUUUGCGGGUCACCGCCGAGCAGAGUAUCUAACCCAUUGAUUCAAGAUGCCCAUUUCGGAGACGAAAAGGUCACCCCAGUAUCGCCACGGGCAAUACCAAUUCCCUUCGGAUUGGCUUCGUCCCCGUCAUCAUCCACCAGAAAGGGUGGAUGUGUGAGCAGGGCGAAUUUUGGCCACAAUCCGGCUGUGAGAAUCGAGGGUUUCGAUUGCCUUGACAGGGAUCGUUGUAAUUGCAGUAUCCCUGCAUUGGCUUAAGAGAAAACAGUACAUAGAGGAAACACCAACGAGUCAAAUCAACUUUUGAUGAACAUUUUGGUCAGACCGAGAAACUGAGGAAAAGAUCCUUUUGCCUUGUGUAAAUAAUGUCCAAAGGGGUCUAUGUAAGUAAAUUGUAAUAUAGUGUCUUUUGUCGUAAGUACAUGGGAGUCGUUAUUAACAAAGUAAUUAGAGUCUAAUUAGGAGUAAUUUAAUGGUUUUCUUAAAAUGAGGUGGGUCCCUAGUUAAACCCCAUGUAAUUAAGUGUGGGGGUAAUCGAAGAGAUUUUGUAAAAAAGAGAAGGAAAAAUUAGUUGUUGAGUGGAAUCAUCGAUGUAGUCGAUUCACUUUGUAAAAAUGUAUCAUAUGAUAUAAAUAUCGUUUACGGCUUUGAUUC